CUCCCUCGCUUGCCUCGUCUUAUCAUCGCUUCCUUAUCUCGGGCUGGCCUGUGAGUGGGGAGGACAGGCUGUGGGACUGACUGGGUAAUGCUGAGCGCAACGUGAUCGUGGGGCUGAGUGCCGUUUCGCUCGGAGCUCUGCAGGCAUGGCCGCCUGGCCGCCCUGUCUCCUCUCCUCCUCCAGCACCUCCUGCACCUCCUCCUCCGGAGCCGUGGAGCUCUAACUGAAGCCCCUGAAGCACAGCAGCAGCAGCAGCUCGGAUCACUAUUGACAGGAUUACAGGGCGUCGAGAGAGGGGGUAGGAGGUUGGAAUUAUGAAGCGCUGGCACCAUGUCUAAAGCCACGGUGAAGAAGCUACACUGGCGCUCCAAAGUGCAAGAGAGCUUCGUCCCACUGGGCGGGGCUUCGGGGGAGCUGGGUGUGGCCAUUGGGGGCGGGGCCGACUACGGCGAGUUCCCAUUUGUCACUGCAGCCCCUGGAGGUGGAGCCACGGUGGGGGACAUCAUCCUGGAGAUCGGUGGAACGCCUGUUCUCGGGAUGACCCUUGGAGAUGUCAGAGGUGUUCUGAACUCGUGUCCGCACCCGAUCCGCAUCAAAACUGUGUCACCAGGCUCCACUCUCUGUAAGGACCUGAGGUUAUAUCUGAGCAAGUGCUUCACACCUGGAUCCAUGGACAGCCAACUCCAGCAGGUCAUCCGCGAGAACCUGUACCUGCGCGCAGUGCCCUGUACCACCAGGCAGCCGCGGGACGGGGAGAUCUCGGGGGUGGACUACAACUUCGUCUCCAUCGAGGAAUUCUUCUCUCUGGAGGAGUCGGGGGCUCUGCUGGAGAGCGGCAAGUUCAAAGGGAACUACUACGGUACGCCACGGCCGGUCCACAUUGGGCCCGAUAGCCCACCCAUCACUUACCAAGAGCAUCGCAACCUGCUGAGGAACUUCCGCACACGCAGCAAGUCCCUCAGUAACCUGGAGAAAGCUGUAGAGGAGGGGGACAACAGUGAGGAAGACUCAGGUCUCUCAGCGGGAUCUGCCGGAGCGGGCAGUGCCCCACCCACCACCAUCGUCUCCCCCAAUCAGACGUGGGACUCGGGCGGGCCUCGGGAUGGGGGCGUCACCCUGGAGAACGGUGCCCGCGGCGGAGCGCUGCCUGAAAACUGGGAGAUGGCAUUCAGUGACUCAGGAGAACCCUACUACAUUGAUCAUAACUCGAAGACGACGAGCUGGCUGGACCCUCGGACACACAGCAAGGAGAUCGUCAGCAAGACUGAGUUGCCUCCAUUCACAGACCAGCCAUCUGACCUGAAGGGCUAUUCCAUACACACACGGCUGUCCAAAGGGCCGCGGGGCUUCGGCUUCAACAUCGUGGGGGGCAGCCGACCCAGGGAAUUCCUGCAGGUGUACAGUGUCACACCUGGAGGACCACCUGCACUUAACACAGCGGACAUCCUGGUCUACAUUAAUGAUCUGUGUGUGCUGGGCAUGUCCCAUAAAGAGGUGGUGGAGAUGCUGAAGGGCGUGCCUAUGGGCCACAGUGUGGACGUAGUGCUGCGCAGAGGUUACCCCAUGCUUUACAAUCCCGACGGCUGCCCCAAGACCAGCCUGUCAUCUCCUGCUGACCCUCCUCCAGGCUCCGCCCAGCCUCCACCUCCCCCCGAGGGCCUCGCCAACCUCAACCGUGCUGUAUCCCUCCACAACGGCUUCUACCCCCGCCUGCAGAAAGAGGCCCUGGACGCUAACGGCAAUGCGGCGGCUCCGCCCUCCUACUCCAUGCCCAAUGGAAACAUUGCAGGCGGGGCUAUAGGUUUGGUGGGCGUGGCAUCUAAACUGCCCCCACCACGGACCGAGAGGCUAAGCUCAAGCCACAGCGACACUGAGGUCAGCUCUACUGUCACACGCAGAGCUUCCCUCAUCCGCACCUACAACAACAACACUCUCCCGGCCCCCUCUCUGGCCCACCAGAGCUCCAAGUCUUCCGAGAGCGAUCUCUCCACUGGCACUCUGCCUCUCCCUCAGCCUGAGGUGGGCUCUGCAGCCGCCCCACCAGGUGCCCCCAGCAGCCAACGUCCCCUCAUGCCCCAGACCUCGCUCGUCAUCUCCCCUCCGACAGAGCUCCCCCCUUGCGGCUUUAACGGCUGCCCGGCUAACAACCCCCCUCGUCCGGCGCCGGGUAGCCUGGGGUCUCCCAGCGGCUCGUCCGGGGCCGGAGCAGGGGGCGAGCUGGUGCCCGUGGCUCUAGGAAGGAGUGAAGGAGGGGGGAUGGGCUUCAGCGUGACGGCCGGAGGCCAGGGCGGACAACUGGCUCUGGUCAAGAGGGUGUGGGACCGGCGGCAGUGCCCUUCUCUGCAGCCGGGGGACGCCAUCAUUAAGAUCAAUGGUGCGGACGUGCAGAGCCUCAGCUUUGCACAGGUGCAAAGAGUACUGCAGGAGCAUACUAAACAAGGAGAGGUGGUUUUACUGGUUUACAGAGGAGGGUCUGCAGUCUCGCCUGCCUCCUCAAACUACUACAAGACCGUCCCUCCACCCCAGGGCCCUCCGGACUUGACCUCCCCCUCCUCAGACGGCCCUACGACCAGCCAGAGCACCCUCUCCCCACUGUCACCCUCCGGUGAGCUCCCUCCCCUGGUCCAGAGCACGAGCUUCCUGGACUCGGUACCAGUGACCCUUACCAUGGAACCUAGAGACUGGAUGGGAGUGGACGAUGUGCCCGGCCAAGGACCUCGCACAUCCGACUCCGCCCUGGGAGCGGUGUCUAAAAACCCUGCAGAUGGGAGAGGAGCACCCCCUCCCAAAACCCUGGAGGUAGAACUGAGGAGGAGGCCUGGCGAGGGCUUCGGAUUCGUCAUCGCUUCCCAGGACGUGAAGAAUGGAACCUCGUCGAUUUUCUCUCACAGGUUUGUGACGGUGCGGCGGGGCAGUCCAGCAGCACGGAGUGGUCAGAUUCAGCAUGGAGACCAGCUGGAAGCAGUGGAGGGCAGGUCGGUGGUCACACUGCCUCACAGAGAUCUGGCUCAGAUACUGCGGCGAGCGGGAAACACACUCCGGCUCACCAUCAUCCCCCGCUCCAACACCAAUACCUCCAAUCUCUCAGAAUACACAGACUUUGAUCCAGAAAGCAGGUUAAGAAAAGGGCAGAGAUCCAAACAAAAGGACCCGCGGUAUUACAGUGUGGAUCUGGAACGAGGCCCUACAGGUUUUGGGUUCAGUCUGAGAGGAGGGAGCGAGUAUAACAUGGGCCUCUAUGUGCUGGGCCUGAUGGAGGGCGGACCGGCAUCUCGAAGCCAGAAAAUACAGUUCACUUGGCUCGGAAGUGGGAAGUCGGAGCUGGGAUUUACAUCAUUUUCGACGUCCACACGUUCGAGCUACAAAGUGAGCGAUCAGCUGGUGGAGAUUAACGGGGACAGUACAUCAGGAAUGACCCACAGCCAAGCCGUGGAGCAAAUCCGUAAAGGAGGACACCGUAUCCACCUGGUCUUAAAGAAAGGCAACGGAUACGUACCGGACUAUGACCAUGAAGGCGGAGCAGCCUCCCCCUCCUCCCUCUGCUCCGAGGAGCCGGGUGUGGCUUCAGUAGCUUUCUCCCUGACGAAGAGCAUCCAGAAGGACGACGACGACAGAGGAGCAGACAGGAGAGAGUGGCGGAGGAAAGGAGGCAGCAGCAGAGGAGGAGGGGAGGAGGGGAGGGAGGAGAGGAGAGGCGCUCCUGACAGCGAUAGGGGUGGGGGCGAUUCAGCCAGCGUCACCCUGAGCUCUCGCUCUGGGAAGAGGAAAGAGAUAAAGAAGCAAACACAGAGCCAGAGUUUAACCAAAAAAGCUCAGAAGGGCGGAGAAACUGAGGGGGAGGAGGAACAGGUACAGAGGGGAGAAAGGGGGGAGGAGAGGAGGAGCAGGAGUUUAGGGGACAGAAGGAGCAAAGGCAGAAGCAGAGGUGAAAGUGUAGAAAGAUUGUUGGAAGGAAGAGAAAAGAGGGAAAGCUUCAGUACAAAGGAGGAGGAAGGGGACAGGACAGAGUCCAGACGAGAGAGGAAGGGAAGGGACGAAAAGAGAGAGAGAAGAAAGGAGAGGGAUAACAGAGUUUUUGAUGUCGACCAACCAGAGUCCAGAGGGAGAAAUGAAAAGAGAGAAAGAAGAAAGGAAGGAAAGAGAAAAAGCGUCUACAAUACAGCCCCCGAAGGCUUGGUCAUCGAGGUCCCUCAGAAGGCCCCUUUCUCCUUCCUCAUGCCUUUAGACGAUAACAGCGACCUGUCAGACGCCAACUCUACGUUCAGCUUCUCCGAGGUCAGCGUGUCGGCGGCCAGCGUCUCUUUGGCCGGCACAGAGUGGCCCCAGAACCCCAGCGAGCUUCAGGAGGACCCUGGCAGCCCGGGCCUUUCACCCGGACCCUGGCUCGUCCCCACCCCCUACACACUCUCUCAGGUUUUAGAUGGCAACAGGUUAAGCCGACGCGAAGGAGGGCUGUGGUUUUGACUAACACUUUCUAUGUCUCAUACACACACUCACACACACACACACACACAUACACAGAUGCACACACACACAGAUAGAUACACACCUCACCAUCCUCACCAGCCCUUCCCAUCCCAAUGUAAAAACAACCACAUCUAUGUUUCCUGAUGUUUCCAUCGUCAACCAGACAUCAACAGAAUAUGCAAAGAAGAGCCACUAGAUUCCAACCACCGCGCAUGUCUCCAGUCCAGGCCAAAUCAAGUGUUAUUUUAUUGCCACCUAGUGGUCACUGGAGGAAAAGUAAAGGAAGGAUAGAAGGACUAAAGGAAUGAAGGAAUGAGAGAGUGAGAGCAUGCCGCCAUCACUCGAUGGUUUGUUUCAGGUUGUGGUUGGCUGCUGAAACUGCAAGGCAAGUUUGUUGUACAUGUGUAUGUAUUCAUAGUCUUGUUCAUAGCAUGUUUCAAUUAUUUCAAUUAUGUUCUCGAAUCAUGUUCACAUUUUAUUAUUUUGUUCUUUUGAUAUCGUUUCUCACUUAUUUUCUUACAAAUGCAUCGAGAUUCUAUGAUAAAAAAAACAGAGAAAGAUUUAUUUAAGAUUUUUUAAUUAGCUGCUUGCUUUCUGUUAUCGGACUGUCCAAAAAAAAAAAAAAACGGAAGAAAGAAAAAGGAAAAAAGAAACUCUCCCCUGCCGUACGUGGUGGUCUAGCUGUCUGUGCUGGGGAAAGGAAGACGAAAGAAGAACUGUUUUAUUACGAGGCUAGCGAGCCAUCUCAGACUUCUCCAGGUGCCUUCUGCUUCUUUAGCCGGUGUUUACCAAAAAGAAAAUCUAUAUAUAUAUAUAUCUAUAAAUAUAUAUAUACACAUACAUUUACAUAAAUAUUAUUAAAAAGAAAGAAAUACACAAACCAAGAAAAGAAGAAAGUAGUGGAGUAGAGAGUGUGCAAUUUAGCAUCAUUCUUCUGCCUCUGGAACAAUAUCAAUCUUUGCAAGACUAGACAGAGGAACAAAAAUAUAUGAAAAUAAUAAUACAACGCACAUUCAGCAAACGGUCAGCGAGUCAUUACAAGUGCCUCAUGCGAUAUUCCUUUACGUGAACACACUAGACUUCCCUCGAGAUGUCUGAUCGAAAUCAGGACCCCAGAGGUUUUUGUUUUUCCGACUCAUGAUUUCAACAUUUCAGUGCCAUUUCAGAAUCCCAGCACAUUCAGAAAUAAAGAAACGAUACAAAAAAUAAACAAAUACAAUGAAGGCCAAUAAGAGCCCGCUUUGCUCAGCCCUCCUCCAAUCCACAUCAAGAUUGCUGUAGCCACACCCACCACUAUCUAUCAGUAUCUAGCUUCAUGUGGUGUUCUCAUUUCAGGAGAUAAAACGAAACAAAAAAUAUUAAGGGCAUUUUGAUACUGGUCUUCUAUGCAUUUUGUAAGACUUACUGGUCAAAAUUCUGGUGGCGUUUUUUCUACCGAGGCCUAGAUAUGGUAUUAGUGUACUGUUAAAACGCAGGCAGGUUGCUGGAAUGUUACUGGCAUGGAACGAAAAAAAAAGGAAAAAAAAAAAAUCAAAGAAACAAAAAAAAAUAAAUAAGGGAAGACUUUAUGAGGUCCUUAAAUACACUAUAUGUCCAAAAGUUUGUAGACACCAGGUUAUCCAAUGUUUCUUUUUAAAUCAGCCCAUCCUUCAGACUAGAUAUUGGAACAUUGCUGUAAGGAUUUCUUUGCACUCAUGCUUUCGUGUCACAUGAGCAGUAGCAGUAUGGGUCAUGAUGGAUUAGCUCUAAAUCGCUUGAAAUUGCCACUCCAGAAAAAUGCACUUCCAUCUGCUUACAUCUCAAAGCUGGUGCUUGGCAUUGGGCAUGGUGAACCAUUCUAUUGCUAAAUCUAUAGACCAGCGGCUCUCAAAUUUGGGGGGUGCUAGGAGGGGCCACUGAAAAAUAUUAGAGGAACCAUUUCUUCUGUAUGUUAUUUUCAGUUAUGUCUAUUUAUCAUUAUCUGAUUUGGUCGUAUCCUAAAGUGGUGCCUGAUAAUAAAAAAUCACAGAAUUGUUGCACAGCCUGCAGUUUUUGUUUUUUAUUACUUACCAUCCACAAAGGAGGCCUCCAUCUAAAAAUCUGAGAACCGCUGCUGUGGAUCACUAAGUAGAGGUGGUGUCUUGAUACUUUUGGACAUAGAGCGUUUCAGACGUACUGCAACACCAGCUUAUGCAUCUCUCUUUACCUCCAACUGUCUAAGCAAUAAGAGGCCAUGACCCUCUUUUUCUGUUUCUGUCUGCACAGCUUAGUUUUACCCCAGCGAUCCACAACAGAGCAGUAUUUGUAAAUGGUCGAACAUUUCUCAACUCUUCCUGUAAAGAAAGUCAAGACGAGUUCAUAAUGCACUUGUGAGCUGUUUAUAACACUUUGAUAAAUGGUUCUGCGGGUUGCAGCAUCUCCUUUAUUUGUAAUGACCUGCAAUACUAAUGCUGCAUUCACAUGCUGUCAGAAUUAUUGUAAAUUAUUGUGCGUUUCUGACCUGGACGUUGCACAUAAAGUUGUAAUCACCCUCUGAAGUCAUAAUUUCUAGUGAGAUUUUAAUACCCAAGUUCCUGAUUUAAGGUGACCAUCAACCUUUUAAUUAAGUAUUAGAUUUGAAUACCGUAUUUUUCACACAAUUAGGCACACCAGGCUAUAAGGCGCAUUAUUAAUAAACGUCUGUUUUCUGGUCUAAUUUUAUACAUAGGGCACACUGGAUUAUAAGACAUGUUUUACUAGUAAGGAACAGGGGUUUUGCAAUGUUUUCUUUCUAAAUUUAGCACAGAGACCUGUAAAGCUAAGCUAAGUAAAUAAAACUGUGAUAAAAAAAAACAACAUUUCAGACGUUUCAGAGCGUUUCCGUUUAUUUACAGUGAGCUUAGAUUUCCAGAUUUCCACUAAAGCUGGAGCAUUAGCAUUAGCAGCUAACUGCUAGCAGUAAUGCUAAUGCUGCUUUAGCAGUGCUAGCCGGGUUAAGCAGCAGAGGCUACAGACCGAUACUACUCACUUCUAAACGGCCAAAGAUCUAGCGCGGUUAGUGGCUAAUGCUAAUACUGCUGGAGACCUAAACUGAAACAUCUGUAUAAUGCUGCAGUUUAGCAGACUGGUUUUACUGCUCCUUACAACUUGACUGGUAAAAUUUAUACACAAGGCGCACCCAAUUAUAAGGGGCACUGUUGAUUUUAGUGAAAAUGUAAGUAUUUUAGGUGCGCCCUAUAGUGAGAAUAAUACGGUAUAUAAUCCGGAAGAGUUCAUUUGCAAAAACAAAUCCAUCCUGAAACACACCUUUAUCUAUUUUUGAAAAUGAACUCUAUUUUUAGAAAUUCUGUUUCUAAUAAUGGUUGUUUGUGCAAAUAAUGUUAUUUAUUUAACAUGAUGUACAACAAUACUAUUUAUCAUUCUGGCCAUUGCAAACUGACUCCAGUUCCAGCACAUGUGCAGGUUAUUAACAUUACAUCCAUUUUUUAUGUUGCUCCGACAGCAAAGCACUUGAACGUGACAAAUUCAUAAUUACGACUUUACAGGUGGAAAGCAGAAUCUUCCAACUAGUAUGUGAGCGCAGCAUGAUCACUUAUCCAAGUAGUUAUAAAGAUGAAAAAACAUGCUUUUAAAGUGUAUUGUGAGCAUUAUAGCAGCUAAAGUUUAAAGAGCUGUUGAUGUUCAUCACUGUCCUGAUGGAGUCCUCAACCAGCCUGCGUGUAAAUGUCGACUUUGUAUUUGAUAACUAAAAGGCCAAACAAUGGCAAAAUGCAUCAAAGUGUUUGUACAGAACUUGGAUGAGCAAUGUAAAUGUUUGCUAAGAUUUUUUUUAUUUCAGAGAAAUGAACUGUAGCUAUGCCUUCACUGUAGCAGACCUUAUAUGUGUAAAGCGAGACUAUUGUACAUAAAGAGGAAUCCCAGUAAGUAAAUCUAUAGAAUUUAUACCAGAGAAGUAUGUUAUAAGUGAGUCCCUGUCCUGAAGUCCGGAAGUAUCAGUCAAUGACAUUUAAAAUUAUAUAUGUAGCACAGAAUAUCCUGAUAUCCUUUCCAAGAUUUUGUCCUGUCUUCGCCAUGUGUUUUAUCACCUUACUAUGGCACAGAAAAAACAGGCUGCAGUGCUAAAUGGCUUCAAAUUUGAACAAAUAAUGUAUGAAAGAGAAGCAUAUUUAAUAGAAAUGCAUGACUGUUGAGAAGUAUUGCCAGUACUUCAGUAUUGUAACAGAAAGGGACAAUUUUUUGUUUUUGUUUUUCUUUUUUUAAUUAUUUUUGCCAUUUUUUACCACUUGUCAUAAUGAAAUGUAGUGAUCAGUGCAAUGCUUUUUUAUUGGCCCUGUGACCCUGUGAAGAGAAACAAAUAUAGAAAAAAAAAAGAAUAACCCUGGUUGCAUGAUCGCUCCCUAGUGCUUAUUUGUAAUCAAAUAGUGGGCCAUAUGUUAGCAAGCUACCAAAAGUCUUCACUUUGGCCCCUUUCUUCAAUUUAAAACCUGUAGAAACAAUGUAGCUGAUUCCAGAAAAAAAACGAAGCAAAAUGUCCAAAAUAAACACUUUCAAUAGCAUGCCCACUUUAGCCCUGUUAGCCCACUGGUUUAUUUACAUCAGUACUGCUGCCAUGCCUUCACUGUAGCAGGCUAAGCUAAGCUAAGAAUAGUCCCUUAAACUGUAGGGUUUAAACAAAAAAGAAAAAAAAAACACAAAAAAACAAAAACUAAAAGAUAGUCAUACAAGAAGGAGCCAUAAUAUGAGCCAAUCAGUGUAUUACUCUGAGAUGCAAUGUUUUGAUACUGUAACUUAACUUACUGUAAUGAGGUCAACUAGCAGUACAACUGCGCUAUUGAAAUGCUAAAACAAGUAAUGAUGUCAUCCACUUUCCCUUUGCAGAAAAGUAAUGAUGAAAAAAAGAAGAAGGAAAGGCCUUUUGUUCUCGUACGUUUUUUGUAAGUCUCGACACUUGAAAUGUCAAAACAUGAAAGGCAAAGGUUCAGCUUUUGAAUUUCAACUUGAAUUUAUUACAUUCGCCUUGUAAGGAGUCAGCCAUUGUACAGAACGAGGAAGAAAUUUAUACGUCAUAAAAAAAAAUCUAAGAAUUGAGGGAGGACGAAACAGUGCCAAGAUUAAAGUUUAAAGCGAUUGUUUUCUCUUUUUUUCCCACAGCUAGACUGUACAUAGAGUAGACAUAGAGUAGUUAUACAAGUAGAAAGAUCAGCUGGACAGCUAGGAUAAAGAUGACCAAAGGAGAGGGCAUCCUGAGAUCCUGACUAAGAGAUUGUGGAAGAAACCACAGCCAGCUUCUUCGGAGCUGUACUGGUGAGAAACAAGCAGCGUAAAUGCCGUAACUGAGCUUUUCCUGGUGUUAACUGUAUCCUGAUUGUGUGAAAGGCCUGUGGCUGGAGGCAGAAACUUUAGCAUGACUGCUAACUCGCUUGCAUGCUUGAUUUAGCACACUGCUCCUCAGUCCAAAGAUCCAGAGAUGGAAUAGAGCAUAUAGAACAUGGCGAAGUGUGUUCUCUCAGCAACAAGAGCAUUCAAUAACCGUUGGAAGAGAGCAGACGGACUCUUGGGGCGAACACUUCUCUUUAUAAUCGCUUACUCCUGUAUUCCAAACCACAGCCAUAACUGUAACCCUAACCUGCGAUAUACGAAACUACGUUUGCUCAGAAGUAGAGCUCCACAAAUUCCUUUAUAACCACUGCCCUCUCCUUGAUUUUCUUUCUCCUGCUUUGAGUAGACAGGAAGAGGAAGUAGGCAGUUUUUUUUUUUGGAGUUUGUUUGUUGAAUUUUUUUUGUAACCAGGUCUCGGAUCCUGUCCUCCAGACUUGAAGCCGAACAAGUAGCCAUCGUUCUAUAGCUGCGGUCGGCAGCCGGAACUUUGACUAUGCCUGAGGGUGUGUACAUAGCAGUCCACACGACACUUAAUAAUACAGAUGUACAGGUUUUUAUUCGUUGCUCUUGAUAUGUAUGAAGAUUACUGUAUUGUUUUUGAAUGCAUCAACAGGGAGUUUUGAAUUAUGAAUAAUGAAAUAAUGACAUGCAGUUACUGAAAUAAAGUGAUUAAACUGA